AUGAACCUCACUCAACUUAUUAAAUCGCCAACGAGGAUCACUGAUGCAACUCAAUCAUUGCUAGAUGUUAUCCUAGUGUCGUCGAAGUCAAUUGUGUACCGAAGUGGAGUAUUGCUUACAUCAAUCAGUGACCAUCUACUUGUGUACGCUGAACUUAAGAUUAAGUCUCCUAAGCAACCUUCGCAAUACAUUACAGCACGUAGCUUUAAAAAUUAUGUACCGAAUUAUUUUGCAGCUGAUCUUGCGGACAAAUCAGAUUGUCUCCUAUCUAUUUUUGACGGCGACGAUGUAAAUGCUAAACUAAACAUUUUUAACCAUGCGAUCCAGUCUACACUAGACGUUCAUGCUCCAAUUAAAACAAUUAAGAUCCGUAACCGACCAUGCCCAUUUAUUACCCAAGACCUCAGAAACCUUAUGAAAGAGAGAGAUCGAUUACAUCAACGAUUUCUACGUACGCGGGAUAUUAUAGACUGGGUCAAUUAUAAGAGCUACCGGAAAAAUGUGAAGAGAGAUCUUAAGAAGGCGGAGAAUGAGUAUAACUCUAAUGAAGUACGGCAACAUAAAGAUAAUCCGGGGUCUCUAUGGAAAAUAGUAAACCGUCUUAUACCAUCAAAAGGAAAAGAAAGACAAAUUUAUAAAGGAGACCAUAAAUCUCUUGCAAAUGAUUUCAAUCAGUUUUUUUCAUCGGUUGGUGAAAAUGCAGCAAGGGCGUCUUCUCAUCUAGCAGAUACUAACAACAUCAAUCUACGAGAAUCAAUCGAAUCAGUCGUUAUAACUGAAAUCGACCAAUUUAAGUUUAGAGCCGUAACUUGCCACGAAGUACGUCGAGUAGUUUUAUCGUUACCUCUCAAUAAAUCAUCUGGUCCGGAUAAGAUUAACCCACGGAUCAUAAAGGACUGUCUUCCGGUCAUUUUGGGUCCUUUAACGGAAAUUAUAAAUUGUUCCCUUCGUACUUCUACUUUUCCUCUGGCAUGGAAAAAGGCAGAACUUAUUCCUAUUCAUAAAGAAGGUGACCACGAGGUACCCUCAAAUAAUCGACCAGUUUCCCUUCUUGUAGUCGCAUCUAAAAUCUGUGAAAGAUUAGCUCUUGAGCAAUUUAGCUGGUACCUAACAAGCAACAACCGACUAUCCUCCCACCAAAGUGGAAAUAAAAAACUUCACUCGACAGAGACAUUAAAUGUUUUUAUCACUGACACCAUCUUAAAGGCCAUGGAUAAAAAGAAACUCUCAGCUCUAGUGUUGCUUGAUCUCUCAAAAGCAUUUGACAGUAUAAACCAUCAGAGACUACUUCAUAAACUAUCAAAUGUCGGAGCAUCCAAAUCAACAGUAAACUGGUUCAGAAGCUACUUAACAGACCGUUUCCAAUCACCCCGUAUUAACUCUACGUUAUCAGAUCCAUUACCGAUAACUUAUGGUGUACCUCAAGGGGCCAUUUUAUCGCCAUUGCUCUUUUGUAUAUACCUUAACGACCUACCCUGUGCAUCUUACAAUGGUGAUCUUGAAUCAUACGUUGAUGAUACGAAAACUUUGUUAUCGUUUCCUUUAACGGAAGCUGACACUGGAAUUAAAAAUCUGGAACUGAGACCUACAUAA